ACUGAACGCAGCUUCCAAUCAUCUUAAAUUGUACAAAAAAGAAUAUUUUUUCGAAAUUUAAUUUAGUUUAAAAUUUCUUAAUUAUAAUGUUUUGCGGUGAAACAAUUAUACGAGAGAGGAUCAUCAUCAAGAAUGCUUCAAUCACUAAAAUAGAACAUACUUUCAGUGCACCAGCAAAUGGAUUCUCACAAAUGGCUCGAAUGAUGGACUCUCUCAUAUUAGACAGCUUAUCAACUCCUUAUACGCUAACAAAAAUCACAACACACCGACCCGUGAAAAAAGCAACAAGUUCAACAAAUCUUCAAUCAAAUAACAAUGGAUCUUCAACGAUACGUUCACAGUUUAGCAGCACAAAUAACAUACAUAAGAAAAUUCCAACUCAAGAAGUCGCACCUAUCAUGCGACAAGCAAAUCCUCAAGAUAAUCGUUGGAGAAGUUCGCUUAGAAGGCAUGACCCUGAGUUGCAACCAACUUUGCCUUCCAUUAACAGUCAUUCGAGUUCUGUUAACAGUAUUUCAUACACAAAUGAACCGAAAAAACAUCGUUCGUCUAAUAUGAAAUCAGCUUUUAGAAAGUCAAGAUCAGUCGAGAGGUUAAGAGCUUUAAGGAAACUGUCUUCAUCAAAGCAUCCGAAAGACCCCAAAAAGUCAUCUUCAGAGGAAGGAAAUUCAGAUGAUCAAGAAAAUUCUUUAGAAGAAAACUCAAACACAAAUAGCUCGUCGUCACCGAAACAAAUGAGAAAAUCCCCUAUGAAGAAGGUGAGCGGAAAACAAAAAGUCUUUCAUACGAUAGGUUACGAGGCGAGUCUUAUUGACGUUAUUGAAAAGGAUAUCCUUCAAAAAGGUCCGAAAAUUCAAUGGAAUGACAUUGCUGGAUUAUCAGAUGCAAAAAGUAUUCUUCAAGAGGCUGUCGUUUUGCCUAUUAUAAUGCCUGAAUUCUUUAAAGGAAUCCGAAGACCUUGGAAAGGCAUACUUCUCGUUGGUCCUCCAGGAACUGGAAAAACAAUGUUGGCAAAAGCUGUUGCAACCGAAUGCAACACAACAUUUUUCAACAUUUCGUCUAGCACAUUAACGAGUAAAUAUCGUGGCGAUUCAGAGAAACUUGUAAGAUUACUCUUCGAAAUGGCUAGAUUUCAUGCACCGUCAACAAUUUUUAUUGACGAAAUUGACAGUUUAUGUUCAUCAAGCAGAGAAGAUUCUGAACAUGAAGCAUCUCGACGAUUUAAAGCUGAGCUCUUGAUCCAAAUGGAUGGAUUAAAUAAUAUCAAUAAUGAAGAGGAUAUCAAGGUAAUGGUUUUAGCUGCCACAAAUCAUCCAUAUCGAAUUGAUCAGGCAUUUAGAAGACGAUUUGAAAAGAGAGUUUAUGUAAGUCUUCCGGAUGAGGAAAGUCGAUUAUCAUUAUUAAACCUGUAUUUAAAAAAUAUCUCGAAAUGUACAAGUUUGGAUAUCAGUAAAAUUGCUGAUUGCCUUAAAGGAUAUUCGUGUGCCGACAUUGCGAGCGUAGCGCGAGAUGCUGCUCUUAUGGCAAUGCGAAGAAAAAUAAUUGGUAAAACCCCCGCAGAGAUUAAAAUGAUUAAACGUGAAGAAGUGGAUCUUCCUGUAACCGCUGAAGACUUUAAUGAGGCAAUUAGUAAGACUAAAAAGUCAGUAUCAGAAGCAGACAUUAAGAAGUUUGAAGACUGGAUGGCUGAAUAUGGAUCCUGUUAACUAUACCUUAAUUAAUUGAAUUUUUAAUAUUAUUUGAUUUCGUUGAUAUUUAAUAAAAUAUAACAAAACUUAUAAGUUAUUUCGACUAUGCUCAACGCUUAUUCUGUCUCUAGCUUCAAUUCUUUGACAACCAAUAUUUAUAUAGAAAUAUAGAAAUUAUUUAAUAAAAACGUGAUUGAAUAUUGUAGAAUCUGUUUUUUUUUUUAUAUAAUUUA